CACGGGUCUAGAGUCCUGGGCGGCCGCUGGGAGGGCGCUGCAGAUCUGCUGGCGCCAGGGGCUUCCUGCUCGGCUCUGCAGUGCGCGGUGGCUCGCUGGGCCCUGGGUGGGCGGGGCCGCACCCCCGCAGUCGCCUGUAAAGGAGGGACCAGACUGUGCGGGUUAACUUGAGAAGUGGCGGCUCUAGGUUCUGGUGCGAGACUCCUUAUUUGUGUUGUAAAUUUGGACGGAGGUAGAGAUGGACGCUGCUCUCCUUAACACUGAGUUCUCAGUCUGGAAAGGAAAAAAAGCAAGAUGAACUGAAGAAAAUGAGUUUUUUUCCAAAGGAGAUAGAAUAUGGGGAAGAUGAGAUGUCAGACGAUGGAAGUAGACAUGAGGCUGUCGUCCCUCAGAAAAAUGGUGGGAAGGUUACUACUGCUCCAGAAAAUAAAGUCGGGGGGAAAACGUCUCUGGCUCCCGUGGUUGCUGAGAAACUAACAUCACCACACAGGAAGACAGCCACAUGGGCCAAAUUGCCAAAAGACAAGAGGAGUGCCAAGAAGAGAAGUGGGAACGAUGAGGAGGAAGAAGAUAAGAACACGGAGUUGGGCCAAGAUGAGAAAGAGCCUAUCAAAAAAACACCUGAUAAAUGGAAGAAGGAGAUGGCUAAACAGAAGGCUUCCCCUGAAAUCAAAAAACAGAGAUUGGAAGGAAAUUUGGUUAUGUGAGUUUUAAAUCUGCUAAUGAUCAGGGAAAAGCCUUGAAACUUAGUGAGACAAAGGUCCUUGGGAAUGAAAUUAAAUUGAGAAAACCAAAAGGAAGGGAAGUAAAGAAAGCUCGAAAUACCAAAACACUUUUGAUCAAGGACCUGCCUGAUAAAGUCAUUCAGCGUGAGUUAAAAGAAGUGUUUAAGGAUGCCUUUCAAAUCAGAUUGGUGAGCAAGGAUGGGAUGAAUAAAAGGAUCGCCUAUGCUGACUUCAAAUCACAGGCUGAUGCAGAGAGGGCCUUGGAAGACAAGCAAGGAACAAAGAUUGGAGGGCUUGCCAUAGCUCUGGACCCUGUUGGAGAGAAAAGUCAAGGCCAAGAAGAGAGAGGCUGGAAGAACAGCACGUGGAGAAUGGGAAAACGAAAGCUAGAACAAGAAAGCCACACAUUUCGAGAAAAAUGGGAGCGAGCCUAUUUCUUUGUGGAGGUAAAGAAUGUCCCUACGUGUUUAAUAUGCAAACAAAGCGUGUCUGUGUCGAAGGAGUAUCACCUCAGACACCAUUAUGAAACAAACCACAGCAGGAACCAUGAGGGAUAUACAGAAAAGAUGCGUGAUAAAAAACUAAAUGAGCUGAAAAAAAGACUGAAAUUUCAACAUGAUGUCCUUUUGAACGUGAAUAAAAUAAGUGAUGCUGCUAUGAAAUGCAGUUACGUAUUAAGUGAGAAAAUUGCCCGGGCGUCCAAACCUUUUACAGAUGGCGAGUUUAUAAAGGAAUGUCUAUUGAGUGCCGCGGAGAUUAUGUGCCCUGAACAGAGACACGCAUUUGCGAACAUAAGACUAAGUGCUGAUAUUGUUCCGCAGCACGUUGGCGAUGUGGCUGGGAACUUACAGGACAAGUUGCGAGGAAAAGGUAAAUCAUUUGUGGCUUUCUCCAUUGCAGCUCAUGAAGGGGCUGAUGUAGAUAAUGCCCCCCAACUGGCUGUAUUUAUUCGUGGUGUUGACGAAACUUUUGAUGUGACCGAAGAGCUUUUGGACAUGGUACCCAUGACAGGCACCUCAUCAGGGAACGAAUUAUUUGUAUGUGUUGAGGAAAGUCUUAAAAAAUUUAAUGUAGACUGGUCGAAAUUAGUCAGUGUUAGCACCGAUGGCAAUUCUGCACUGGUUGGUGUUGAACAACUUGUUACAGAACUUAAAUCUAAGGUGUCAGGGCUUUGCAAAGACACAGAGCUUAAGUCUGUGCACGGCCUCAUACUCCAGGAGUCACUUUGCACUAAAAAGUUAAAAAUGGAUCAUGUCAUGGACAUAGUAAUUCACACCAUAACCUGGAUACGUUCCCAUGGCUCAGACCACAGAGAGUUCAGUGCUUUGUUCAGUGAGUUAGAUGCACAGUAUGGAAGCUUGUUCUCCGUGGGACUUAAGUGGCUGAGUCGUGGCAUGGUGUUAAGGCGGUUUUUUGAACUGUUGGAAGAAAUUGAUUUUUUCAUGUCUUCUAAAGGAAAACCUGUUCCCCAGCUUACUAGCAAAGAUUGGGUCAAAGACUUAGCCUUUCUGGUUGACAUUAUGACUUACCUAAACAUGUUGGAUAUCUCCCUGCAAAGGCGUUCACAAGUGGUUACGCAGAUGUAUGACUCAGUUCACUCGUUUUUAAUGAAACUGUGUCUUUGGGAGACUCAUUUGGCAAGGAACAAUCUGGCCCACUUCCCCACGCUGAAAUUAGUUUCCGAAAAUGAAAGAGAUGGCCUGAACUAUAUUCCCAGAAUUAAAGAGUUGAAGACUGAGUUCCAAAAACGGUUCUCUGAUUUCAAACUUUAUGAAAGCGAGCUGACGUUGUUCAGUUCACCUUUCUCAGUUAAUAUUAACAACGUGAGCGAGGAGCUACAGAUGGAGGUUAUUGAACUACAGUGCAACACGAUACUGAAAACGAAAUACGACUGUGUCGGAAUCCCAGAAUUCUACAAACACCUUGGGAAUGGUUACCCUAAAUAUAAGAACCAUUGUGCAAAGAUUCUGUCCAUGUUUGGAAGUACCUACGUUUGUGAGCAGCUAUUUUCAGUUAUGAAACAACAGAAAACUACUAAGUAUUGCCCCCAGUUAAAAGAUUCAGGGGUGACUUCCCUGCGGCAUGUCGCUGCACCAGAUACACACCCUGGCGUCGAAUGACACCUCGGGGCUUAAGAAAGGAAUGUCACGUUUUGGAUUUCAAAUCUAAGGAGUGAUACAUUAUGAGACUUUGAUUAUUUCGAUUUCCAAAUUGUUCACUGUCAAAUUUAAACCACAAUCUCUGGCAUCCUAUGUCUGUAUCUUAUCACGUAUAAAAUAAAGUUUGAUUAUACCUUG